UUCCAGCUAGUUACUGCAAAGUCCACCAUCCCCUCUAUUAAUUGCGUUCAUAAUCAACACUUCGAUUUCAUUAAACAAAACAUAUAACAACGUGCUCCUCCAUAACCUACGUUUCUAGAGAUCCUACAAACGCUCUCACUCACUCUUCCUCUUCACUUCCCCAUCUCCUGAAACUCUGUUUAUUACCAUUUUUAUUACAUUAACGACUCAUCAAAACGACAAUGUCAACGCAUCUCUCCAAGACUGACUCAGAAGUAAGCAGCUUAACUCACUCAUCUCCGACAAGAUCAUCAUCAACGCCUCGCCGCCCUGUAUACUACGUGCAAAGCCCAUCUAGAGACUCUCAUGACGGCGAGAAAACGACAAACUCAUUCCACUCUACUCCUGUGCUCAGUCCGGCCGGCUCCCCUCCACAUUCCCAUUCCAACUCUUCUUUGGGGCCACACUCUCGCGAAUCUUCUUCUACACGAUUCUCUGGGUCUCUCAAACCCCACCGCAAAACCAGCGAACGGAAAGUCAGCCGGAAGCCAUGGAAGGCGUUUGACGCCAUUGAAGAAGAAGGUCUUCUCGAUGGAGAUAUUGGUCCACAUGGAAUGCGUCGUCGUUGUUAUUUUCUCGCUUUUGUUUUGGGAUUUUUUAUACUUUUCUCUUUGUUUUCGUUAAUUAUUUGGGGUGCAAGUCGUCCUCAAAAACCCACCGUCACCAUGAAGACUAUUGUUUUUGAUCAAUUUAUAGUACAAGCGGGUGCGGAUUUCUCAGGAGUGGCAACAGAAAUGGUGUCUAUGAACUGCUCCGUGAAGCUUACAUUUCGUAAUACGGCAACGUUUUUUGGAGUUCAUGUAACUGCAACACCUUUGGAUCUAUCUUAUUCUCAACUCACUUUAGCUACUGGAACUAUGAGAAAAUUCUAUCAAUCAAGAAAGAGUCAAAGAUCAGUAACAGUGAUGGUAAAGGGGAAUAAAAUCCCGUUAUAUGGUGGGGGAGCUAACCUGGGAAGUUUGAAUGGUGCACCAACUCAACCAGUACCAUUGACACUCAAUUUCACGGUUCGAUCAAGAGCUUAUGUUUUAGGUAAGUUGGUUAAACCCAAAUUCCAUAAGAGGGUUGAAUGCUUGGUGGUCAUAGACCCUAAAAAAAUGAAUGUCCCAAUUUCACUUAAGAACAAGUGCAAUUAUCAGUAAACGCCAAUUAUUUAAAAGUAAUUAUUUAUUUAAUGAGAAGGAAACAAAAGGGAUGUGUUCUUUUUUUUUUUUUUUUU